UCAAUGGUAACUUGUAUUGUUCGUCGUCUUCCCAAGGCAGUAGCAAUUUUGUGGUUUCCAACUAGGAGAAAGUCAUUUUUAUAGUUUUCUUUAGCGGUUUCGCCAUUUUUAUUAAACGACAAACCUUGGUCGGUAGUUAUACCAUCACACUCAGAGGAAUUAGAGGGCAUUGGUCAACAUAACGUCGAAAGAACCGAUCCGUUAAGCUGUUGUGUUAACUUUCAAUUGACCGAUUUCUAAACGGACUUUCAACCGACCUCAACGGUUUGGUGUGCUGAGUGGAGACUCACUUCUCCACCUGGUCGGGGCUGGAGAUGGGAGAUCCGGAGCCUCCAGAGUUUGAGUCCCUGGAGGAAGAGCUGGGUUACUGGAAGGAGCAGGCUGCCAGUCACCAACAGAGUGCGGAGGAAUCCCAGGAGGAACUGCAGGAGUUCCAGCAGAUGAGCCGGGACUAUGAGGGGGAGCUGGAGACGGAGCUAAAACAGUGUGAGGCUCGAAACCGUGAGCUGCUUUCUGCCAACAACCGCCUUCGCAUGGAGCUGGAAAACUACAAGGAGAAGUACGAGAGUCAGCACUCGGAGGCCUACCGGCAGAUAUCCACCCUGGAGGGGGAUCUGGCUGAGACCACGGCCGUCAGAGACCAGCUCCACAAAUACAUCAGAGAGCUGGAGCAGGCCAACGAUGACCUGGAGAGAACCAAGAGGGCGACCAUCAUGUCGCUGGAGGACUUUGAGCAGAGGAUGAACCAUGUCAUAGAGAGGAACGCCUUCCUGGAGAGCGAGCUGGACGAGAAGGAGAACCUCCUGGAGUCCGUCCAGAGGCUGAAGGACGAGGCCAGAGACCUGAGGCAGGAGCUUGCGGUGCAGCAGAAGCAGGAGAGGAAGCCGUCCCUCAGCAGUGCAAUCAAAGAUCCUUCCUCUCCCUCCACCAUGGCUGGUCUACUCACCCCGCCCCUCACCCCCCCAGACAAACGAGCCGAGGACAAAACCACGUCCUCCACCCAGCCCCCCCUCUCGGUCAUCACACCGUCCAGACCUCCAGCCUCAGCAGAGAGCUUCAGCACCCCCUCCGUCAGCAGAGGAGAAAGCCUCUCAGCGACUCCUCUCACCACGUCUGCGAGGAUCUCGGCUCUGAGCAUCGUCGGAGAGCUUCUGAGAAAAGUCGGGAACCUGGAGUCCAAGCUGGCGUCGUGUCGGGAAUACGUCCAGGAGCAGACAGCGAGCCGCAGGGGCCACGCUGGGAGUCCGGGGGCCACUUCGAGCCAGAACAACUCCUCAGAGAGACAUCCUGCCAACGGCCUCUACAACAAGGGGCUGGUGAAGAGGUUAGACUUCGGAGCUGGACCCAAGCUGCUGCUGUGAGACGCCCCUCCCCUCCAUCCGUCCAGAACCUGGAUUUAACGGUACUGUGUUGCACGUCGUACAGACACUGGGAGAAGCCGAUGUAAACCAAGGAACAUUUACUCUGGAUACUUUGGGAAGUCUGUCAUCGUCAGACUCUGGUUGAUAAGCAGCCGGGCUUCUUCUCGGCACUCGCACUUAGCUUGAACUACUUUACUGAACUUUUGCUGCAUGUCACCUCAUUACUUCCUUUUUUUGCACCGUGUGUUUUUGAAACAGAUUGUAGGGUCGAUGAAAAGACACAAACUGAGGCAGGGUUGAGAGGAAGAUGCUGUUUGAAGGGAGGAAAAAGCCUUUAUGUUAAACUGUACUCCAACGAUAACAGGGUUUCCCACAGACACAUGAAAGGAAGAAUAUCCAAGUACAAAGACAGCCACAGAGAUAAUGGCCCCAUUUACAUUUUGUCAAUUCAUCUAGAUUGAUUUUAAUAGUAAUUUACAUUUAGCCACAUGUAUGCAUCCCUUGUUGGGUGAGCAGCUUAAACUCAAUGUUUUGCUUUGCUCCAUUUAUUCAAAUUAAGGUUUUUUUAAUUUUAGGGAGAUGACUUCAAAAGUUCGAUUUGACAUUUUGAGCUCAGCAGAAAACAUCAUUAAAAGCUUUGAAUGUCAAAUAAAAUCCAUUAGGUACAGCCUUCAUUUUUCUAGUCAGAUAGCAAACUUGAUGUUCUCUAGGUACUACAUUUAAAACCAAGUCAACUCUGACAUAACGGCCCAAAAACACCCGAACAAUAACGUGUGCAAUCUCAGUUGUUACACCUUAAUUAAUUAAUUACUAUAACUUUAAAUUUCCCAAUCUUUUUGGUGAAAUAUACUUCAAAAUACUAAUAGAAUUUAUGUUUUGUCCAGAGAAAGUUAGGUUUUAAAUGCAGGUCUUGCCAACAUCUAGUGGCCAUCACUGAUUCUGCAUCUUAAUGCUGCCUUAAUGUAUUUAUUGUGUACAUAAUUAAAUGAAGAGUGAGAGGUUUACCAGCUUCUGAUCUUCCUUUAACUCGAUCUGGUUGUAUUCUUCAUUCAGCUUUAGUCUAAGAUAUUAACGUAGACUCUGAAUAACAAAACUCCUGUUGAACUCUCCCUUAACCUGCUAGUAUCUGUGAUGGAAGCUGAGUUUAUUUACAAGUUCUGAGCUUCAAGUUUGUCUUCAAGGUUCAAGUAGUUUGUUUGGCUUUGACCAGAGUCUUCUAAUGUCUGCUGUCUGCAAUACAGAUACUUAUAUUUCCCUUCAUGAUGCAGCGCACACUCAGAGCUAAAACCUGAAAAGGAGAUAAUAAAAGGCAUCCUAAACUACAAGUAAAGUACAAAAUUGUGAAAUUAGAAUAAGCGCAGAAAUGACUUAAUAUUUCUCCCACAAAAAGACCCCUUGCAUAUUAAUAACUCACCUCCAGUCACCUUUAAUUUCUUGAAUAAAACUUGCAUGGCUUUACGGUGACUGAAGGAUAAAACACAUUUGUAGAGUUGAUAAACUGAAGUAAAUGGCGGCCAGGUUUAUAUAUCAAAACAUCAACUCGUGCAGUAUAAUCCAAGUCUCAUUUAUAUAGUUCAUGCUCACUACUUCACAAAAACGUUGAUAUAGAACUGUUAUGGUUGGAUAAUUAAAUUAGCGAAAUGCAUGAGUGUACAGCUCCAUAAUGAGACUUGGAUUAUACAUACACAUAUUAUGUUACUGUUUGUUUAUUCUGUCCAAUUAUUUGCUGUGUGUGUGAGUGACUGUGAGUGACUGUGAGUGACUGUGAGUGACUGUGUGUGACUGUGUGUGUGCACUUUGAUGCAGCAGAGAGGGCUGACCCUCUGCAGAGCUACUUCUGUGUCUCAGGAGUGAAAUAGGAAGCGCCUCCUGUUAGCCAGGAGGUAUGAAUACUUCAGUGAAGGCUACUCGUGUUUUAUGUUAAAAAUAAAAGGUAUGUAAUAGGUUUGAAGUGAAGUGUUACAUUUACUGUACUUUUACUGUAGAGUCGGUAAUGAAGAUUUUAGGAUUGACUAACAAUGAGCUGCUCAGGGCAGACUGAACACUUUGUAAUAACCGUCAUUUAACAUUGUCAUUAAUACUUAAUAAAUAAAUGUAUUUCACUAGUAACAAACUAUUCAUGCUGAUAACACAUUAUAGAGUUACUUAUAGGUAAACAUUUCUAAUUGUAUUGUUUGUUCAUAGUAAAAUAACUUGUUAAUUCCUAUUAACUAUCAAAUGCUCUUUAUUUAUAAUGGUUAUUGUAAAGUGUUGCUACAUUUUUUUUUUCGUGGCCUCAUUCUGAUGACUGUUAAUCACAUGAUCUCUGUCAACCUAAGUGCUGCUUAUGUUUCUGAGAAAGCAAUAAAACUCGAAAUGUUAAACAAA